GCUGUCAACAUGAAGCAUUCGAGGGAGGACAUCAUUUUUCAAGCUUUCCUCUUGAUCCACAUCCCUGUGGCCUGCUUCUUCACUGCAGUGUCAGGCCAGUCUGACAGCAGCAGCAGUGUGGUGGUGGCAGGGUAUAAUGUGAGCGCCCCUGCUGGAUCCAGGGUGGUGCUCCAAUGUGUAAGCGGCCGCAUGGUGUGGACCAGGGAUGGGGUGAGGGACAGACAGAGGGUGCUCCACUGGGAUCUGUACCGGGAACAUCCAGACUAUGCCAUGGAGAGGGUGGUGGACAUGUUCUCUGCGGGUGACCAGAGGAUCUACAAUUCCUACAACCGUGGCAGAGUCGGCCUCAGCACGAAUGCCUUCAAGGAUGGAAACUUCUCCCUGGUCAUCAAAGAUGUGACCAUGAAUGACAGAGGUCUGUACUCUUGUAACCUCCACCAUCUCUACUGCCACCUGUACGAGACAGUCAGAGUACAACUUAACGUUACAAAAUCACGUCGUAAAGAGCAGCGCUUUUGGGAUGGACAAAAGGCGGUGUUCGUGGUGCUGCUGGGAAGCACUGUGGUGCUGCCAUGCAUCAACAGACGAAAUGUAUGGACAGACUGGAGUAAUGAGGAGGAGGAUCAGCAGGUGGUCCACUGGGACCGCCAGUCCCCAGGAAUCCGCCAUGACCGCGCUGACCGGUUGGUGGACCUGUAUGCCUCAGGGGAGCAGCGCAGCUACGGACCACUCUUUCUCCAGAGGAAGAUGAACAUCAGCAAUCAAGCCUUUGCAGAGGGAGACUUCUCACUCAGCAUAUCUGAUCUGCAGUCCACAGAUCAGGGCUUGUAUUCCUGCCACCUCCAUCAUCAUUACUGUGGUCUACAUGAGAGAAGAGAGUUCCAGGUCACGGUAGAGCCACCAGUGAUUCAGACCACCCUGCCAGCUAAAGCACUGCCCAGUGAAGACAAAGACACCACUAAGGCUGAGUCACCGCGAAUCAUCAACGUCAUUGUGCCAGACCAAAGACACCACUUUCUCCUGCCUCUGGGCUACGUCCUCACCUCCUUCCUCCUCCUGGCAUUCAUCAUCCUCAUCCUCAUCCUCAUCACACGCAGACGUAGAACAAAAGAGUUUUAUCCACAGUCGUCUAUGAGGUCCAGCAGAAGUCAAAGCAGCUCAGAUGAGUUUGAGAUGGAUGUUGCAGAGAUGAAGGUGUGCACUGAGCCGGAAGAGAGAGGAUUCGACUACAAGAACAACUUGCUGAAAGAGAAGGUCCACAUGAAUACUCCCAAAGUCAUUGAUCUUGAUAAAGAGAUGCAGAAGUUUUCUAAGUGAGAAAAUGACAAAGAAAAAGUCAAACUGGAGUCACUGGCUGGUCCAGAGGCUGCCCUCCAAGAAAAAACACCUCUACAAAU